ACUUACAAUAGAUAGCGUCCACCUCAACAUUUUAAAUAACUAAAUAAAAAAUAUAUACCUUUACAUUGUAGAAAUGUAGUUUCCAAACCAACUGUGAUAUUUUAAUACAACAGGGAGAAAAGGGGCGUUAAAACCAAACACUUAUUUUGAAUUCUUCUGGGCUUUCUACUUCCGUCUGACAGUCAAUCUGGGGUCGCCUGCAUUGGGCGACAGGACGUCGCGGUGAAGCAAUCUGAGGGGGGCGAUGAACGCAACCGAACAGAAGCUGGCGGACCUGGUGCGCGAACACCCGAACCUUUACGACCAGUCGCGCCGGGACUACAGGAACAGCGUGAAGGGACACCUUGCGUGGAAAGAAAUCGGGGCCGCCAUGGGAAAAUCUGAGGAAGAAGUGAAGCUGUUGUGGAAAAAUCUGCGCGACAAGUUCUGUAAAGCGAGGAAGCGACUGGUCAGGAGACAGUUCCCCCAGCAGGACGAAAGCGACAUCCCGUGGGAGAUGCAGGUCCCGGGGCUGUUCAGCCAGAUGGCCUGGCUCACCGCACAUGUUAAACUGCGGGCGGAGGUCGGAGGAGGCAUGGGGGAGCCAGAGGAGACAUCUGGAAGAGCAGACGACGUGGAAAAAGAGCAAGAGGAUGACAAGAAGAGGCUGCUUGAUCCCCUCCCAGUUGUCACCACCAGUUUUGCUGUUGCAGAGCCCACUCCAAGCAGCCACCAGCUCAUCGGACCUUCUCCUAAACGCAGAAGACAAACAACCACAGAAACUGAGAUCAGUUCUGCAGAUGCAUUGAGCAAUUUCAGGGAUGAAGAUGAACUGUUUUUGCUCAGUCUGCUACCCUCACUGAAGAGGCUCACCAUUAAAAAAAGGAUGGAGGUCCGGAUGAAGUUCCAGCAGGUGCUUUAUGCAGCAGAGUUUGAGGACUGAAAUCUGGGUCUGGAUCAUUACACUAACUAUACAUUUUCCCACCGACAGUCAGCUUGUAAAAGUUUAUAACUUAUAGGUUGUUGAUAAUUAUUUUUGUAUUAUUAUUAUUACUUCUAAUGUUCACAGUCUGGCCAAAAAGGAAAAAAAAAAUCAGAGCUUGA